UAUGAGAUGGACUUGUUCCUUCCAUUCAUCUUUUAUUUUUCAUCUAUCUCCACUACCAUUGCUAGCAACGUACAACAUCAACAUGAGGAACCCACGCUUCAGCCUCUCACUUCUCAUACUCCUUUUCUCAAUAUUCACCAACAAUUCCCUUGCAGCUCUCACCACCGUCUCCACAAACCAAACUCUAACUGGUGACCAAACCCUCGUCUCAAAAGGUGGAAUCUUCGAACUCGGUUUCUUCAAGCCAGGUAACUCCUCUAACUACUACAUAGGCAUAUGGUACAAAAAGAUUAGCCAAAGAACAAUUGUUUGGGUAGCUAAUAGAGACAACCCAGUCUCUGAUAAGAACACUGCAAAAUUAACAACAUGGGGUGGUAAUUUAGUUCUCUUGGACGCCUCUUCAAAUAAAGUUUGGUCAACAAACAUUACUUCUCCAAGUUCACCUUCUGUUGUAGUAGCUGUGCUCCUAGAUUCCGGGAAUCUUGUCUUAACAGAAAGUCCUAGUGAUGCUUCUGCUUCAGACUCACUCUGGCAGAGUUUUGAUCACCUAACAGACACGUUCCUUCCGGGUGGCAAAAUUAAACUAGACCAUAAAACAAAGAAGCCUCAAUACCUGACUUCAUGGAAGAACAACGAAAACCCUGCCACGGGUCUCUUCUCUCUCGAACUAGACCGAUCCGGUGCUUAUAUCAUUCGUAGGAACAAGUCUGAAGAAUAUUGGACAAGUGGUCCCUGGAAUGGACACAUUUUCAACUUGGUUCCCGAGAUGAGGUUGAAUUAUAUCUUCAAUUUCUCCUUUGUGUCGAACGAGAACGAGAGCUAUUUAACAUACUCCGUGUAUAACUAUUCUAUUUUAUCUCGGUUAGUGAUGGAUGUCACGGGGCAGAUCAAGCAACUCUCGUGGUUGGAGAAUGCUCAGCAAUGGAACUUGUUUUGGUCACAACCGAGACAACAGUGUGAGGUAUACGCCUUUUGUGGUGCGUUUGGGAGCUGCGCUGAGAACUCGAUGCCUUAUUGUAGCUGUUUGACUGGUUUUGAGCCACAGUCACCCUCUGAUUGGAAUCUGGGGGAUAAUUCAGGUGGGUGCGAGAGGAAAACCAAGUUGCAAUGCAAUAAUUCCGAUCCCUCUAACGGGGAUAAGGAUAGGUUUUUUGCAAUUUCAAACAUGGCCUUACCUAAACAUGCAGAAUCCGUUGGAGUAGGGAAUGCAGAGGAAUGUGAAUCAACCUGUUUGAGUCACUGCUCCUGCACAGCUUAUGCAUAUGACAGUAACGGGUGUUCAAUUUGGUUUGGCAACCUUCUGAAUGUGCAACAACUAUCUUUAGACGAUAGUAGUGGACAAACUUUGUAUCUCAGACUUGCAGCAUCUGAAUUCAAUGAUGGUAAAAACAGAACCGGGAUGAUUAUCGGUGUGGUUGUAGGCGGGUUUUUUGUCAUUGGUGUUCUCUUGGCCCUUCUGUUUGUCAGGAAUAAUCGAAGAAAGGAAACAGUUGGAACCGUGGAGGGUUCGUUGGUGGUAUUUAGGUACGGAGAAUUGCAAAAUGCAACCGAGGAUUUCUCUGAGAAAUUGGGAGGAGGAGGAGGGUUUGGUUCUACUUUCAAAGGAAUAUUGAAUGAUUCCAGCGUGGUAGCAGUGAAGAAAUUGGAAAGUAUUGGACAAGGAGAGAAGCAUUUCCGAACAGAAGUUAGUACAAUAGGGACAGUGCAUCAUGUAAACCUUGUUAGGCUACAUGGAUUCUGCUCUGAAGGUGGCAAAAGGUUUCUAGUUUAUGAUUACAUGCCAAAUGGCUCAUUGGAUUCCCAUUUGUUCCAGAACAAGAACUCUAAGGUGGUAUUGGAUUGGAAAACGAGAUACCAAAUUGCUUUGGGAACAGCAAGGGCAUUGGCUUACCUUCAUGAGAAAUGUAGACACUGUAUCAUACACUGUGAUGUAAAGCCAGAAAACAUUCUCCUAGAUGCUGAUUUUUGUCCCAAGGUUGCAGACUUUGGCUUGGCUAAACUUGUUGGAAGGGACUUCAGCAGGGUAUUGACAAGUAUGAGAGGAACAAGGGGUUAUCUUGCUCCUGAGUGGAUUUCUGGGGUGCCUAUCACAGCCAAAGCUGACGUGUACAGCUAUGGAAUGAUGCUUUUUGAGUUUGUAUCAGGUAAGAGAAACUCUCAGCCAUUUGAUGAUGGCCAAUUUACCUUCUUUCCUACCUUUGCAGCAAAUGUUGUUGUCCAAGGUGGAAAUGUUCUAAGCCUUUUGGACCCUAUUUUGGAGGGAAAUGCUGACACUGAAGAGGUAACACGAUUAACAACAGUUGCAUCGUGGUGUGUACAAGAAAAUGAGAGUCAUCGGCCAACCAUGGAUCAGGUAGUUUAUAUCCUUGAUGGGGUCUUGGACGUGAAUUUACCUCCAAUUCCAAGAUCUCUUCAAGUGCUUCUCGACAACUAGGAGAAUUUUGCUUAAUUGUUAUGAAGAAAAUUUUAGAAUAAGAUUUGUGUCUUAUAUCUUUACUGAGUCAGCAGGUCAGUUAGUUGUUAGUUCUGUUUUGGAGAGGAAGUUAGAGUUUAAAUAAUAGUGGGAUAGAUUGAUUUCAUAGAUUCUUGUAUUGUAAUCUUUCAGUAUUUUUCGGGUCAAUUAUAAUACUCUCUUCGGAUUC